AUGCCGCGUGAUGCUGCUGCAAGCCAGGCAGACCCCAACCUGGCCGACCUCACCCGAGUGACGCCGUUGAUGGAGGCCAUACGUUGCCGCGCGGCGGCCGCCGUCGACACCCUCCUCAGUCGCGGCGCGGACGCCUUCCUUCGCGGCGGGCCAGCUGGCGAGACGGCCUUCGAGGCGCUCUGCUCCGCCGACCCGGCCAGGGCCGAGCGGCUUGCCCAGGAGCUCGCGGCCGGGGCCUCCGCGCCCGAGGCCUGCGCGCAGGCCGCCGGCGCCGGGCCACCGGGCGGCGCGGCGUGGUCGCGGCGCCGCUGCGUCGAGGCGAUGCUGCGCGCGGUGGAGGCGCACUGCCCGGCGCGCGUGCGCGAGGUGCUCUCGCUCUGGCAGCGUGAGCGCUGGCCGCCCGACGACCUGCUGGGGUGGACCGACCACGACGGCAACGGCUGGCUGCACCUCGGGGUGCUGGCGCCGCCGCCCGAGCAGUGCUGGGCCCCCCUGGCCGCGGUCGUCGGGGAGCUGGUCGCUGCCGGCGCCGCUGCGGACCGCCCGAACUCCAGAGGCGAGACGCCCUUCCUGCUGGCUGUGCAGGAGGCCCUGGCCGUACGCACGGGCCGCGAGGGCCUGCUGCGGGCGCUCCUGGAGGCGGGCGCCCCGGGCGCGGCGGCGGCCGGCGGCGUGCUGGAGGCAAUCGACAAGUUCUUCGGCGAGCAGCGAGAUUAUUCAUACACCGUCAAAGUCUUCGGCUGGGCCAGGGUGAUCGAGUUCUUCGACUCAGCUGGUGGGGCUGCGCGGCCGGACCUCCUCGCGCUGGCCGAUCUCGCCGGGCAGCCCGACGACUCGAACGUUGGAUUCCUGCUCGGCCCGCGGCAGGCGACCGUGCGGGGCGAGCGGCGAGGGGUCACUCUUCUGGCCGGGGCCUUCAGCGAGCGCGCCGGCGCCUGCCCCUUCUAUCCCGAGCAGUGCUCGGCGCGCAGGCGUGCCAGCGCGCCCGUCGAGCGGGCGCGAUUCUCAGUUGACUGCGCGGAGGCGCUUCGGAAGCCAGACCUGGACAGGCGCGAGACAAGCGCGCUGCGUGCCAACGCUGCGCGCAAGCAGGACUUCACUCAGGGCAAGGUGGUUCUAGAUUAUGGCUGCGCGUCUGGUCCGCUUGCUGCAACUGGCGAGCUCGAGGGAACAUCCGGUUUUCUAUCGCUCGUGGACCUCAGGCGGCGGCAGGGCCACUGGGCGGAGAACAUGAAGAGGUCGCCGCGCAGGCUGUGGUCAGCGCUUGCUCCGACUGAUCACUUUGCACCCAGCAACGCCGACCUUGUCGACAACGCCGCCCGCGAAGGCACCGCGGACAACGCGGCGUCAGACGCCAUGGCGACUCCAGGCAAAAACCUGACCUCUAUGUUCGGCGUGAUCAUCAUGAUGCAACCUGGAGCAAAUGGCAUCUCGCUUAUUGGAUCCGAGAUUCGGUCGGUGAGGCAAGGCUCUAUUGGAGCCCGUGCUGGCGUCAGAGUUGGGGACUACAUUGUCGCUGCAAAUGGCGCUCCCUUCAAGGAGGGCAGUUUGGGUCCACUGGAGAGCGGCACGGUGCCGUACACGCUCACGGUGUCGAUAACGUGCCCAGCUGGAAUAGUUACUUUCGGAUCAUUUGCGUGUGGAUCGCUGGCGCUGGCUUUCUUGACCGUCGGCAACAAUGGUUUUGGCUUUGUAGAUCAUGUGGCAAAUGCGCUCUACGUCUUCGGUCUCAUCCGCUGCCUCAAAAGCGUCCUGGCCAGCCCGCUUCUUUCCAUUCGAUUGCCAGAUAUGGCCAUAGCAAGGUGGCGCUCUGACCUUACAGGCAUUUGGUUGAUGGCUACACUUGUCGUCUUGCCGCCUUACUUCUUUCGAAUGGCAUAUCAUUACGUAUAUAUGUCGACAGGGGUGCACGACGUCACGUUUUGGACAUUUAUUUCUUCCAUGCUGGCCUGGAUGAUGACGAAGCUGGUCAUCCUUGAGAUUGCGGUCGUCACCACUUUCAUGUUGGGCGUCGCUGAACACUUCAUUCUACAACUGCAGAACGCACUGUCCUGCAAGCCCGCUGACUUUCCGGAUCAUGUACAUGCACGGGCAGCAGAGCUGGUGAAUACUACGGGACCCCAGCUAGCCCCAUUGGGUGUUCCAUUGCUUUGCCUCGUUGGGAAAAUGAUGUUCACGUGCAUUGACAUCUAUCGCGCGGUGGCGGAUUCAACGUGCCGUAAGACAUUCCACAUCCAGGCAGGCGCUGAGGUUGAUACUUACCUCCGAGCUGUCCAACGAGGAGCAGCGCUUCUUGCUGAAAUACUCCUCAUCGCAAUUGGGCCGCUGCGUUUAUCGGCAGCCCUUGCCAGUCUCAACGACGGCCUCGGAGAGGUGCGAUCCAAGGCACCUGAGCUCCAUGCUCAGGUGUCAGCGGUUGAGGCCAUGCUGGAGCGGGCAAAUGGAGGGAGCGGUUGGGGCAUCCAGAUCUGCACAGGCGUCGUUAUGAACAAAGAGUUCCUGCAGACGGUCUGCGUCCGGGCGUUGCUGCUAUCGACCGCAGCGGCUGCGUUCCUGGACUCAUGGCUGGGCUACGAGAAUGGCGAGCGGCAGCACGAGGCGCAUUUCUCUAAAAUCGAACACACGCUCGCGAACAUCACAGCGUACAUCCACAAUCACUAG